GGGUGCGCACACCCUAAACCUGCGCACCCCUUCUUCAAAAUAACGCACUAGAAAAAAAGCUCAGAUUUUCUGAUCAACCGAUCGACCGCGCGAAAACAGGGAAGAAAAGGGAGCUUUUCGAAGCCUUUGAAACCAUGGCGGAAUAUGACGACGAAGAAGGCUUCGGCGACUUCAUAUUCAUAUCUUCCUUAUCGUCGCACUCAAUCAACGGUCCAGAUUUUUCCACCACAAAGACCAUCGUUAACGACGACGAUGAUUGGGGAGAUUUCAUCAACUCUGACAAUGCUAUCUCCGGUGGUGAAUCUCUUCCCGUCAAUCAUUUCCACUUCGAUCCCUUUCCCAACUCGUCCCCUCCAACUCAGCCCGACUCGGAUCCGAUCCGAGCUGAGCCAGCGAAAAACGGAUGGGCCAAGCUGACCGGAGCUUUACCGUUAUCGAUUUUUGGGGAAGAAGAUAAAGAAGAGGAGUCUGGAGCAGUGGACGCAGGGUUUAACGGUGUGGCAGGUUCGUUUUCGUUUCCUAAAAAAGAUGGGAAUUUGAAGGGAAAAGGAUCGGAUUUGAAUGAAUUGAUAGCGGAUUUGCAUAAGAAAAAUGAGAAGGAAAAGGAGGGAAAUGGGUUUGGGUCGGGUUUGGAUGUUAAGAAGGGAGUUGAUUUGAAUCCAAAGGUAGAGACUUGGAAUUGGAACGGAUUGAAUUUGGGGUUAAACGGGUCGGGUUUUAAGGUGGAUGCGUUGGAUUUGAGUGGAAAUGCUCCUGCUUUGGAUAAAAAAGAGGAUACUUUGGGUUCAAAUGGUGAUGUAUUUGGGAUGGAAAGAAAAGAAGGGAAUUUGGGCUCAAAUAGUACGGGUUUGGAUCAGAAUGGGUUGACAUUUGAUCUGAAUGGGGGUACUUCCGAUUUGAUUGAUGAUGAGGAGGAUGAUGGGUGGGAAUUUAAAGGUGCAGAAUCAAAAGCAGAAGCUGAAGCUGAAAAUUUGAAGAUUGAUCAGAAUGAACCAAUGUCAAAUUUCAAUGUGCCCAUAUUGAGUUGGGAUCCGUUGGGUACAAAUGCCAAUGGGCUGAAUUCGAAUGUCAGUGGGGUGAUCUCAAAUGCAAGUAUGUUGAACUCUAGUUUAGUUGACGAAAAUGAGGAGUUUGGUGAUAAUGGUGGAUGGGAAUUCAAGACUGCAGAAUCAGAGACAGUCUCUGGAACUGGCAAUGCUAAGUUGUUCAGGGACUCCAUUUUAUUUACUACUUUGAAGGUUCAGGGCAGAGAGCAGGAAAAUCCUAAGGGAACUGAAUUCGGCUUUGGAUUUGGGAAUGGCAUGAAUGGUUCCAGUAUGUUUUUUGUCACAUCAGGCGGAAUCUCUAACAAUCCUGGUGAAUGGGACUUAGGAUUUAGUUUCUCCCCUAGUUUUGGAUCUCAAAGCAAACAGAAUGAUACCAAAAAUGGUGUGAUUUCUUCGCCAGUUGAUAAAAAUAUUGAACCUGACAAAAUGUCCUGGGCUUUUAGGGACACAAUUUCAGGAAAUGAAUCGAAGACUAAGGAAGAGCGAAAGGAUGCUGAUGCUUCUUCUGGACUGGAAGACUAUUCAUUUGACAGUCAUAUCCAGGGGAAUGAGGAAACAGUGGAGAAACACAAGGGAGCCUUACCUCUAACCAUCUUUGGUGAUGCAGAACUUGAAACUGAUGAUUCAUUGAGAUAUGAAGAUGUUUCCACUCACAAACCUCCCUCUCUAAGAGUUGACAUGAAGGAUACUCAUUCAAAUAUAUCUAUCAAUGAUCUUAUUUCAAGUUUAUAUAGUCAAGCUGAGAAAAAUGCUUCUUUAAAUCACAUAAGCAAUCCAAGUGAAAAAGGACUUCUUUCCUCCCAGACAGAGGUGGAUUCCAAUUUAGUAAAUGGUGAUGAUGAUUUAGAUGAUGAUUCCUGGGAAUUUAAAGGUGCUGUUUCUGGAACCACAGGAGAAAACCUGAACUCUCCACUUGGUUUGGGAGAUUCAUAUGAAGAAUACUCUACCAAAAUGGGGCUAAAUGAUUAUGUGGACUUCUACUCUAAAUUGACAGCUGAAUUGUGCUUUGUUGCACUUAGCCAUCUUGACAAUAUGAAGAAAGAUCGAAGUAGUGCUGCUCCUUCUGGUGAAGAUGCUGAAGUAAAAGCUAUUGAGAAGGAAAUCCAGGGCGUAUGCAAUGAACUGCAAAAAGAUGGCACAAUAUCCAAAGAAAUGACCUCAGAGAAUCUCCAGUCAAGAAGUAUUUACCUAAGUGAACUUGCCAAGGUUCUGGAAGAAAAAAAGUUUCAAGUGCUUGAAUCAGAAUAUCACUUAUCAGAGAAAUUAUCACUGGCAGAGAAGGAUUUGAGAUCGGCAACUGAACUCUUGAAACAUGCUGUAUCAACACUAAAGAUUCUAAAAUUGGGGUCUGUUGAGGAUCAAUCUAAUUAUGUAUCCUUAUGGUCAAGGAUUUUGUCUGUUUGUGCACUAGAGCUGAAACAUGGUGCUUCGAUUUGGAAGCAAUCAUUACAGAAAAACAUCCACAAUCAAUUACUAUUUAAACCUCAAGGCAGAAAGUACAUUCUUGCACUUGGAGAAAUUUUCAGAGUUGUGAAGAUUGUUGGAUCUUUGUCCACCAAACUCUACAAGCCUUGGAUAUUGUUUAGUUCUGAAUAUCCCACUAGCUUCUUUGCUCUUGUGAGGGAGUGUUCUACUUUGUGGUCAAGUUCUGGACUUGACGAAGCCCUUCAAAGUCUGUCUGAUCCUACUGAUUUAAAAUAUGAUGUUGAAGCUUUACUUGGUUCCAUCCAGAGUACUGAUGAUUUUGAUGCACAUGAACUCUAUAAAAAAGUCUUCUCCGGACAAGAACCUACGUGCUACCUAUCAGGAGUAAGUGCAGGAACAAUGCCAGGCAUGAAAAUGGUGGUUUGGGAUGGACAGCAUUACUUUCUAACCAUUGUCAACUUGUGGGCAAAUUUAAUAAGUCGUGAUCCACCAAAUUUGCCCCACAUACAUGUUAGAAAAUGAAGAUGCCAUGGAAAAAUAAAGGUGUAUUUCCCAAAAGUUUUGCGGCAGAGAUCAUGCUGAAUAAUUUUGCUGUCCGGGAUGAGGCUUCUUGACUGUAAUCAGAGUUGCCCAAGUCCAGGAAUUUCACUCCGGAAAUAAAAAUGCGAACUUGAGUUUUCCAGAUCCGAUCUGACGGAAGGAUUCAAUUGUUUACUUCAUUGGUUGUCAUUCUUUUUAAGAGAGCUGUAAUAUAGCAACUUGAUGUAGAAACGUCCUCUUGCUUUUUGUGAUUCAGUUGUAUUCUAUUAUUCAUUUCCGAACCGGGUGAAUCAAAAUAAGCACCCCACACAUCUAGAGAUAAGAGUCAUCAGCGUCUUUCUUUUCUCAUAUUGUACUGCAGCAUCGAUGAUUGAAAUGUAAAAAGCUUUUUGUAACCUGCUCAUUUCUGUGUAGCCUGAAUGGCAGUAUGUUUUGCUGCUGCAAUUCAUAAUUUAGAAUAUUGUUGGAUUGCUUACAGUCAAAAUUAUAACUCUUAUCACAGGAUGACAGAUUAUACUACUCCAUGAGUCAGUAUUUGAAAGGCAUUCUUAGUUGAUAGUCAGGCCAGGACUGAGGUCCCUUCUCUGGAUACAAAUAAAGGCUAACUUUUUCCCCUUUUCAUUUUGGUCUAAUUGAAAAAGGCUAACUGGUUAAGCCGGGCUCGAACCCUGCCUUCUCUCUCCAAUGCAAGGGUAAUGGUCAUUAAGCUAAACUGCAUUAACAAUAUUGUUAACCUUCACCU